UAUUUUUGGUGAUUCCGUGAUUGCGAAACUGUCAAACAGCUCGUAAAGCAGUUGAAACGAUUUCAUUUAUUUUCUAAAUUAUCCACUGUUUAUUUUUGUUUGUUGACUCAUUGUUCCAAUUCCUUACAAGUGCCUUCGAAAUACUUUACAAUUUGUUAAGUUUGAAGUUGUGUAUUCAGUGAUUUUGGUGUCAAAACAUGGAAGAUAUAUUUCAGUGGUGUAGAGAAGGAAAUGCAUUACAGGUGCGAGUUUGGCUCGAUGAUACCGAACAUGAUAUGAACCAGGGUGAUGACCAUGGCUUCAGUCCACUCCACUGGGCCUGUAAGGAAGGUCACAUCAAGAUUGUUGAAAUGCUCAUCCGCCGAGGUGCUCGCAUCAAUGUCACUAAUAUGGGAGAUGAUACUCCAUUGCAUUUGGCAGCUGCACAUGGUCAUAGGCCUAUUGUACAGUUGUUGCUACAAAACCGUGUGGACGUUAACUUUACGAAUGAGCAUGGUAACUCGCCACUCCACUACGCCUGUUUCUGGGGGUACAGUGCUAUUGCUGAAGACUUGGUACUAGCUGGUGCACUUGUGUCUCUUGCCAACAAGGAUGGUGAUACUCCACUGGAUAAAACAAGGGGACAACUUAUACAGAGGUUACAUGAACUAGCUACCCAACAAGGGCAGGACUUGAAGAAGAUCCAAUUCAAAGAUCAGUCAUGGUUGGGCUUAAAGACCAGGAGCAGGGAUGCAACUCUCUCUCGUCACAAGGGCAUCAACAUAAACGAACUGUCCUUACAUACGAGGAUUGCUGUUACUCCAUCAGGUGAGACAUGGCGCGGCAGGUGGCAGAAGAACGACAUCGUGGCGAAGAUCCUGGCCGUGCGUGAGUGUACGCCGCGCAUACAGCGAGACUUCAACGAGGAGUUCCCCAAGCUCAGGAUAUUCUCGCAUCCCAAUAUACUGCCGGUUGUGGGCUGCUGCGUGUCGCCGCCGUCGCUGGUGGUGACGUCGCAGUACAUGUCGUGGGGCUCGCUGCACGCGCUGCUGCACGGCGGCGCGGCGGGCGGCGCGCUGGUGCUGGACGCCAGCGCCGCCACGCGCCUCGCGCACGACGUGGCCCGCGCCAUGCGCUACCUGCACACGCUGCAGCGGGACAAGCAGCUGCCCACGUACCAUCUCAACAGCAAGCAUAUUAUGAUCGACGAAGACUUAACAGCCCGCAUCAACAUGGCGGACUCUAAGUUCUCAUUCCAAGAGAAGGGUCGCCUGUACGCGCCGGCGUGGAUGGCGCCAGAGGCACUGCAGAAGCCGCCGGCUAAGCGGAACCUGGAGGCUGCUGAUAUGUGGAGCUUCGCUAUACUGCUGUGGGAACUUGCCACCAGAGAGAUUCCUUUCGCCGACCUCUCUCCGAUGGAAUGCGGCAUGAAGAUAGCGCUGGAAGGUCUCCGCGUGACGAUCCCCCCGGGCAUCUCCCCACACAUCGCCAAACUGAUAAAGAUCUGCAUGAAUGAAGACCCCGGCAAACGACCCACCUUCGAAAUGGUCAUACCCAUUCUAGAGAAAAUGAAACGCUGAAGAAUAUUCAUACGAAAUUUCUAUAUGUUGUGAAAAACGCUGGAUAUACAAUACAAUCAAGUCAAAACUAAAGGUAAUUUAAGUUUAUAUUUAUACAUUUAAAAGUUAAGUGGUCUUGGAAUAACGCAAAAUAGUUAUUAGAUACAAUUUAUUGAAAAAGUACAUGAUUUUCUAAUCUACGCAAUAAACUCACGAGAUCACUUAAUUUUUAAUAAAGAAGAUUAUAAAAUCUGGUAUACAUUGUUGGAAUAAAUAAAUGUAUUUAUGUAAUAUGAAAUGCUUUCAGUAAAUUUAUGUCAAUUGUUGUUAGUGAAAUCAUAAAAUAUGCUUCCAACAUAAUGUCGUAUCAUAUGAUUUCUCAUUGCCAAUGAGUGAAGAAUGUACAAAACAAUGAAUAAAUUCAGUAGGUGCCAUCCAAAUAAAAUUAAGAUCUAACUUCCUAAUCAUAACAUAAAAUUCACCGUAACUUAUUUUUAUAUUUUUUCUAAAAUUAUUUUUAAACGUACUUUGCACAUUGCACUAUAACUCUGCAAUAACUUUGCUUGAAUAGUGCAGUGUGUUUUGUCAUUUCUUAUGAUUAUUUAAAACUAUAUGAUUAAAACUAAAAUCUUUUUUAACUGCCAGUAUUGUAAGUGUUGUUUAGUACUUAGGUUGUGUUUUAAUAAUACUGACUUAUUUUUUUGCGCAAAAUUAUUUAAAUAAAAUAUUUGUAUGGUUAAGAAAUGUAUUUGCUAUGUAUUUAAAUCGGUGCUAAAGAACUUAUGAAUCAAAUGAAAUAUACCAUAUAUGAAAUAGUUUUAAGAAACUGGCCUACCAAUAUUUUUGUAAAGAAACUGUUAUUUUUCUUUUCAUAAAUAUUGAUUGUCCUUACAAAACAAUAUUUUUUAUAUUUUUACCUGACAAGAGAAUCUUGCCUUGGAAUUUUGAUUCAUUCGUUUUUAUUAUUUAAUUGUUGUAUUUAUGUCAAGCUCCUGCAUUGAAAAUCAUUUUUUUUUAAUUAAUUGACAAAAUAGUACUAAACCUAGUACUUUUAAGAUUUCUGCUUUCUUGAAACAGAUGUGCCUUUAUAUAUCUAUCAUCAUUAAAUCAUAGAAUCUCUGUUAAUAAUGUGCAAUUUGUAUCUUUGAGAUUAAUACUUGUAAUAUUGCAUCUUUAUGUAGUAAAACUAAUUGUGUUAAUGCUAUCGUGAAAUAGAUGUGCCUUAUAAACCGGCCAAAUAACAUUAUUUGCCUUAUGACAAUGUAAUGUAAACUAAGUGUAGAUUUAUAAAUAUUUUUGAUGACGAAUCAAUGUUACAACUUUCAUAAAGUUGUUUAAUAUACUAACGAUUUAGUAAUAAU